GCACCCCGCCAGGCUACGCCAGGCCACGAAGAUCGGGAUCUCCAGCCGUGCCGCCGCCAGAGACAAGCGACGUCCCUCGCAGGCCCCCCGUGCCCCAGCGCCGCCGGAGCCCCUGCGAAGUGCAGGGUAGGCAAGCCCGGGCAACGGGAGCGUCCUGCAGGUUGGCCUACCCACUCUUUGGUGGGCGCUUCAGGCUCAGGUUGGGGCCUUGCGGUGCGGCCAGCUUCUGGCUUUUGGUGCAUUCAGGAAAGAAAACCACCACGCGUUUUUUUUUGUGUUUGAUUGUUUAGUGAAUCAAUCUUCUUUUUGCCAAGUUUCGAGGACUCGAGGGGACCGCUAAUGCUCUUCGCAACUUUGAAAAGCGCUGGUUGUACCAACCUCGAGCUAAUUAUAUUUGAAUGAAGCACCCGGCAACAUUGUCCCAGUAGUUAAGAAAUAUUAACUCAAGAAUCACAGGAAUGGAGAAUUUUAUGGAAAGAGAGAACAGUUUCCCUCAAAGAAACUACAAACGAGCGUUUAUCUCUGUUACGGGCAAUGAGUUUCAGCCACAUGAAUUGGUACCAUUGCUGCUAAUGUUAUACUGACCGUGCUAUAGCUUGUUUUUGUUGUUGAUCGAGCCGGUGUCAGCCGUCUGCAAAUUUUGCUCAUUUCAUUCAUUGAAAUGUCUGCAAACUUAGAGUCUCUUCUUUGGCUGACCGUUGUUGGUAUAUUAUGGGGUGGGACAAACCCAUUUAUAAAGAAAGGCGCCAAAGGAAUGGAAAGGGUUGAAGGCAGCAACAUUAUAACCCGAUUUUUCAAAGAAAUUUAUUUUCUUUUGACUAAUUGGAGGUACAUGGUACCGUUCAUCCUCAAUCAGUCAGGGUCCGUUGUCUACUUUCUUACUCUUCAGAAUACAGAAAUGUCAUUAGCUGUGCCAAUCUCAAAUUCCCUGACAUUUGUUUUCACUGCCAUCUCAGGCUGGUUUGUUGGGGAAGGAAAACCAAACUCGAGGAUGCUGACAGGGAUGUUUCUGGUUCUGUCCGGAAUAAGUCUGUGCCUAUUUGAUAAAACUGUUAAUAUUGUAUCAGAUUAUUAAAGUUAAAGAAAAGAUGGGCAAAGAAA